AUGAAAUGUCAUGCUCAAAGAAACGACAAAUCCACUUCCACCAAUCCCUCCACACGGAGAAACACAAUCUCGGAAGGCGUCGCCCCUCAGCCUUCUCAGAAUGAUUUCGACCUCAACUCUCCCUCUGCUCUUGUGAACGGCCCCCACGCAGGAAUCCCCUUGAUGCAAAUCCUCUCCCCCAGCAACUACCUCCCCCAACAAGGAAAUGAUUCCAAUCAGUCUGCCACACAUUCUUCUCUCGAUGUCUCCAACCCCUUUCUCGAUCCUCCAGCCAAUCAAUCGCAUGCCCUCGGCAUGCAACUCUCUGGAUCCGGUUGGACUGUUCGGUCCCCUAUCAGCAGCAUGAACAAAACCUGUCCCUCCUCCCAUCCUCAGAAAGCCUCUCCUUCUCAGAACAGCGGAGAAACUUCGACCUUUGAAACGUCUGUCACCACCCCGGGAAAUCCAGGCCAGACCCCAAGGUCGGAAAUUGUUCCCAACCAAUUCUCAGACAGCCAUAUUGAAUGGAUCCCACAGACCGACCAUUCCAAUCAACAAAAUUUCCAUGAUCCUUUUCAGAUGUGGCUCUUCCCCUCGUUGGGUGACCUGGAGCAGUCUCCUGACUUUCUUCAAAGCUACGGCCUGGGUGAUUCUCAGCAGCCAUGUCAAGAAACCAAGGAGCUGGCCAAUGGAAGAAGCAACGACGCCGCGGAUAGGACCAAGACCAUCGCCAAAGUUCCCCGAGAACGUUUUUCUAGAGUGCAACGUUGUUGGGGUCCUCGACCAGGCCGACUGUUUCGAAUCAUGCCCGUUCUUUGGAAAGAAGUUGCAUCAUUCUCGAUGGACAACCUAUUUUCCGAAUCUCCUAUUGCUGCCGAUGAUUUUAGGACCACGUCAAAUUGGGGUCUCGACACUGAAUGCAGAGUUCGUCUGCGUGAUCAAUUCCGCACUCCUGCUCCCUCGACUUAUCACUCUCCUCGAUUGCAACCGGCCCUCGAUCCCGUCCUCUCCCAGUCAAAUGAAGAAUUCCCCCCGGCCGAAAUCCUCGAUAUCGCUUUAGGUCUUUUCUUCCGACGGUUUCAUCCCACCGUUCCCUUCAUUCAUGUUGCCACGUUUUCAGUUCGGAAUACCCCUUCGCCCAUGUUAUUUGCCAUUUGCCUUAUCGGCUUGAGUAUUCUGGGAACAACCGGAGCCACGAGAUUUGUGUCCAGGAUGUUUCCGAGCUUUCUCCAACGUGUCUGUAGUGAUUUGUCAGCCUGUGCAGGAAGUUCUGCUUCACCAACACAGCAGUUGGUUAUUUUCGCAACGGGAUUGCUGACUUUGAACCUUUCGGUGAUUACCGGGGAUAAGGACUCUUUCAAUCAAAGCCAAAUGCUGUAUGUCAGUUUGCUUUCCAUGGUUCAACAAAAUGGGUUGUUCGCGGCGGGUGAUGGACAGUCUCUCGACGUCUUACUGUCUGAGAUGUCGGAAUCAGACGACCGGUGGAAGGCGUGGAGUCGGAUCGAGUCGGCUAAGCGUCUCAUCCUUGGGCUUUUACUUGCUGAUUCAUGGUAUUCAAAUCUGUUGUCCAAGGCUCCGAUCGUCAGGUCCGAGUCCGUUUGCGUUACCGCACCAUGUGAUGAGGCAUUGUUCCAAGCUAAAUCUGCCACUCAAUGGCAAUCUCUCCUUCGAAGCGGCAAGAGUCAAAAUGCCCCCAGUUUUAGGAUCGAAGACCUACACAAACAUGACAUGGAACCAGUCGGCAAACUGGGUUUUCUGGGAAGAUCCACUCUGUUAGCAUUGCUUCAAAUCCAGAUCCUUGAAGCGUACCAACGACUUAUGCCUCCAGAUCAAUUGACGGUCGGAUCAUUUAUUCCCUGGCAUGUUUAUUCCGGUGACGCCCGAGCGAAGACUUUAAUCCCUGCACUCCUUGCCGCGACUCACACGGCCGGACCAUUAUCCAAAGUGGAUGACACCAACUGCACAGUUCUAUGGCACAGUCUGUGUAUUAUGUUACUAGCCGAUUUCCGAAUGUUCGAACUCGCAGCCGGCCGACAUGGAGCAGGACCAGCAACGGGUGCUCUGGAGAAUAUCAGCCAGUGGUCACAAACCCAAUCUGCUCGUCGAGCAUGUGUCCAUGCAGCGCAGAAUUUCAAAUUAAUGUCUGAACGCCGAGUCUCCGACAAUGUCACAAUCCAUUCGGUCACGGCCCUGUUUGCGUCUGCCCUCACCCUGGGUCUAUACCUAUUUAUGGUCACUCCGGGCUCUUCACGUCAAGGUACGGCACCUGUCGAACUCAUCGAGGCCCAGCCCGAUUGGACCGAAUUACACGACUUGGGCUUCAAAGACGAAUCACUAGAACAGCAGGCUGACCGAAGUUUGACAACGAAUCGCGAAGAUGAACAUUUUUCCCUGAUCUAUCAGUUUGUCAAGUACGGUGGGACGGUGAGUCUGAAUGGCGUGGCCCAUCAAGGAGGGUACGAGAGCGCGAGGCGUGUCUUGUUGGAUUUUGCUAAUCUAAUGGAUGGGAUAUCAGGUCGGAGACUCAGGAUGUUUACCCAGGUGUUGCAUAUUAUGAGUGAUGAUUUGAUGAAUGUCGAUCCCGCGCUUUGA